AUGGGAAGUCUUUUAAGGAGGGGCUAUAGACCAAGUACUGUGACUUAUACGGCAUUGCUUAAAGGGUUGUGUAUGGAGGAUAGGAUUGAUGAGGCAACCAGGUUGUUUAAGACAAUGAUCAAGUUGGGGUGUCAGCCUACUGUGGUUACUUUUGGUACUUUGGUUAACGGGUUGUGUCGAACAGGAAAUACGAAUAUUGCCCUUCGGUUACAUGAAGAAAUGGCUAAUGGGAAUGGUGUCUAUGGUGUUGAGUGUAAGCCAAGUGUAGUAUCUUAUGGGACCAUUAUUGAUGGGCUUUGUAAAGCUGGGUUGGUAGAUAAGGCGAAAGAACUAUUCAUAGAAAUGAAAGAUAGAGGAUUUGUCCCUGAUGUGAUUGUAUAUAGUGCUCUAAUACAUGAAUUGUACUACAAUGAAAAAUGGGAAGCGGCUAAAGCUUUGUUAAAUGAGAUGGUGGAUCAGGGUGUCAGGCCUAAUGUGGUGACAUUCAAUGUGUUAAUAGGAGUGCUUUGCAGAAGGGGACAUCUGAAAGAAUGCAGUGACUUGUUAAAGUUGAUGAUUCAAAGGCGCAUAGAUCCUGAUGUAUUUACUUACAACACUUUGAUGGAUGGCUUCUGUUUAGCGGGUAGGCUUAAUGAAGCAAGAGAGCUGUUUCAAUCUAUCCCAAGUAGAGGGUGUGAACCUGAUGCUAUUAGCUACAAUGUGUUGAUCAAUGGAUACUGCAAGAAUAGGAAUAUACAGGAAGCUGUCAAUCUUUACAAGGAAAUGAUUGGCAAAGGAACUAGGCCAACAGUAAUAACAUAUAACUCCUUAUUAACUGGUCUUUUUCAUAUGGGUAAAGUUCAGGAUGCACAAGAACUUUUUGGUGAAAUGCAAACUCAGAACCUGUUACCAAAUUCAACAACAUAUAAAAUAUUGUUGGACGGGCUUUGCAAAACUGAUCGCGUACCAGAGGCAAUGGAAGUUUUCCGUACUUUAGAAAAUUGCAACUUCAAAAUUAGCGUCGAAAUGUUAAAUUGCCUUAUUGAUGGCUUCUGUAAAGCAGGGAACCUUGAUGUUGCUUGGGAUCUUUUUCUUACAUUGUCAAAUAGAGGCCUGGCACCGAAUGUUAUAACAUAUUCCGUGAUGAUUCAUGGGCUCUGUAUAGAAGGACAACUGGAAAAGGCAAAUGGUUUGUUUAUAGAAAUGGAAGCUAAUGGUUGUGCUCCAAAUGUCAUUAUUUAUAAUAUCCUCAUGCGUGGUUUCUGCCAAAGUGAUGACUCGGUGAAAGUGGUCGAACUUCUUCACAAGAUGGUCACAAGAAAUUUGUCACCAGAUUCCUGCACAAUCUCCAUUGUCAUAGACUUGCUCUCGAAGGAUGAAAAGUAUCGUAAAUGUCUGGACUUGCUUCCAACAUUUCCUGCCACUAGCCAAUCGAAGAUGACAUGA